AUGGAAAAGCUCCUCAAGAGACCUGAGAAGCUCCGAGGGGACCCAGAAAAGCGCAACAAAGAUAAAUACUACCGUUUUCAUCGUGAUCACGGCCAUAACACAACAAGCUGCUGGGAGCUGAAGCACCAGAUUGAAGACCUCAUUCAAGAUGGCUACUUCAAAAAGUUCGUAGGAAAACCGAGGUCUAACUCGGUCGAAAAGAAAGAAGAGAGGAAGCGUUCAAGAACGCCGCCUCGAAGAGAGGACCAACCUGCGGUCAUCAACACUAUUUCCGGGGGCCCAAAUGGGGGCCAGUCCGGAAAUAAAAGGAAGGAGCUAGCUCGCAAGGCCAGAUGCGAGGUAUGCAUCAUGAGGGAGCAGAAGCCCACUUGCUCCAUCACUUUCGGCGAUGCCGAUCUGGAGGGGAUCCAUUUGCCGCAUAAUGACGUGCUCGUGAUCGCCCCUCUCAUUGAUCACGUCCUGGUUCGAAGAGUAUUGGUUGAUGGAGACAACGGAAAACAGUUUGACAAUGCAAAGUUCAAGGACUUCUGCAGAAAACUGGGUAUAACCCACCUCAGCUCGUCCCCUGCGCAUCCAAAAGCGAAUGGGCAGGUUGAAGCAGUAAACAAGAUCAUAAAGCGAGGACUCAAGCUAAGGUUGGACUCCAGAAAGGGAAGAUGGGCCGAGGAGCUACCUGAAGUUCUGUGGUCAUAUCGAACCACCCUAAGGGAGUCAACUGGUGAAACUCCGUUCUCGCUAGCCUUUGGCUCCGAAGCCAUGGUACCAGUAGAGAUCGGCAUACCAACAGACAGGGUAGAACAGUACGAGCCAACAAAGAACGAAGAAGAGCUACUCCUUAACCUGGACUUAUUGGAAGAAAAAAGGGAAUUGGCUUAG